AGAUUUAAUCUUUUUAGUCGGCCACUCGGCGGACAUUUCAUUUAUCUGUUCUCUUGCUUCUAUCAUGAAAACUGGAUUUAUUGGCGUUACUUGGGCGGCGGUCUCUUCCCUAUAUCUUGCGCGUUCGAACCUCUUACCCGUUUUUUCCAGCAAUUGGCUCCAGGCAGACGCGGGAUGAUGAUAUUCAGUUCCAGGACGAGGUUUUUAUUCUUUUCGCCGGUGGGUGAGGGAAAAUUGCAUGUUGACAGGCGUUUCUUGGUGGAUUUUGCUCCCUCUGUCUUUGCUUAUUUUCUACUUUGCGUUUUUUCAGCUCAUGAUUUCGUCAUCUUUCACAAAAUUACCCCCAAUAUGCAUGCAGAUCGAAGGCUCCUUUUCUCGCCGAUUUCAACCCUUCCGUUACCGUCUCUUGUAUUCUUGUUUUUCUUAUUGCCUUUUUCUUGUCUUCCUCCGAUUUUGCUCUCCUUAUACGGGGGCUUUCCUCACAGAAUUUCUCUUGGUUGCAGUCCUGUUCGUUAGUGAUAUCUUGAAGCCAAUCCCAAUCAUUUCACCGAGGGGAGGGGACUAGGCGAGUCAAAUAUCAACACCCAAUCUUGCUACCGUAUUUUUCCAUCA